AUGGCACAAUUCUGCAUUAGGCUCCUACAUAGUGAAGGGCUUGGCUCGGGGGAGGGCAACCUUUACGGCUCGGGGGAGGGCAACCUUUACGUCUCGGGGGAGGGCAACCUUUACGACUCGGGGGAGGGCAACCUUUAUGGCUCGGGGGAGGGCAACCUUUACGGCUCGGGGGAGGGCAACCUUUACGUCUCGGGGGAGGGCAACCUUUACGACUCGGGGGAGGGCAACCUUUACGACUCGGGGGAGGGCAACCUUUACGUCUCGGGGGAGGGCAACCUUUACGACUCGGGGGAGGGCAACCUUUACGGUUCGGGGGAGGGCAACCUUUAUGACUCGGGCAAGGGCAACCUUUAUGGCUCGGGGGAGGGCAACCUUUAUGGCUCGGGGGAGGGCAACCUGUAUGUCUCGGGGGCCACAUCAGGAUUUUGA